UUUACUGAGUUGUUUUGAUUUGAAAUUUUUACGAAAAAGGGAUUUUUAUCGUGAUAAAGCGAUGGAAAACGCAAAAUUGAAAACGCGAACACAUAAAAAUGUUAUGUCUCGCGUUAGUAAUCCGGCGGAGUCACAUUUUAAGCCUAAAUAUGUUGUGACUCGUCAUGCAACAGCGAGCAGUGGCGCGAAACCGAUUUCUUCAACUGUUUCAAACACCAGUGGCUUUUGCGAUCUUCCUAUUGCUUUGAAUGAUUAUAUUCCAGAAACUGUGAGUGAUACAGUGAAAAGACGUACGUUUGUAGUGAAACCAAAAAAAACAAUAAAAUCCUUACCCCCCACAGUGCCACCGACGGUUUUAAAAACUCGAUACGCGCGCGUUCAUACUAAUUUAUACUGCCACUCAUCGGCACCUACUGUUUUAAAUGUUCUGAAUUCGGGGAGAACACUAAAUAGCUCAACAGAAAAUAGUCAAAGAUUAAAAGAAAUAAAGGAUGAGAUCAAGGCGUAUCACAAAAAGGAGCAGAGUAUGAAGCUCAGUGACAGCCUACACAGGAAGUUUGGGCUCAAACUCCACGAUGAUGGAGAUGUAGCUGACAAGGGGAUACAAAUGGAGCAAAAAGAUUCAAACGGAGGAACACCAAGGGAGUAA